CGCCUCAAAAACCACCUCAAGGCAGAGAGUCAGCGACAUCACCAUGCUCACUGUUCGUGGCAGCAGAAUUGCUCGCUCUUCGCGGUUUUUCCGCGACUCAAAUUGAAUCACUCAGGAUGAUGACCUUAGAACGAGCUCGCUGGCGGUGCCUGCUCCUCUUAUUAGUCUCGUCAACCUUCUCGGUGUCCGCCUUCGCAUUCGCUGGCACAGCAGCUGAAAUCAGCCACUUAGACGAAGCUGAUUUGACCGUUGGAUCAACACAGAGCCACGAGCACAAGCAGCAACAUCAGAUAGACCUUCGUCCAGCGGUGGAGAGGAUAAGAGUUGAGCCAAUAGGCGUGGAACACGUGGUCAAGAUGGGAGGGGAAACAGUGAAACGAAAACAACAACCAGGGGCGCAGCUCAGUCGUAUCAGACGGGGUGUGAAGUCCAGAGAGGCUAUGCCCUUGGUGCCCGGGCAAGAGUUACCCGAGGUGGCAGUAACUGUGAGGAGACGCCUGCAGGAGGACGGGAGUGAGGGCAAACAGGGGGAGGAGGAAGAUGAGGCGAACGAGGAGGAGGAAGAGAGGAGGGAGGAGGAGGAGGAGAAGAAGGAUGAAGAGGAGGAGAAGAGGGAGGAGGAGGAGGAGAAGAAGGAUGAAGAGGAGGAGAAGAGGGAGGAGGAAGAGGAGAAGAGGGAGGAGGGGGGAGGUGAGGGGGACGAGGAACACGAGGAGGAGAAGGAGGAGGAAGGGGAUCGGGGUAAGGGAGGGGAGGAGAAGGAAGAGCAGGGGGAUCAAGUUUUGGAUGAAGAGGAGAAGGACGAGGAGCAGCAGGAGGUGGAGGGGGGGGAGGAGGAGCAGGAAGAGAAAGGGGAGGAGGAAGGGGAGGAGGAAAGGGGGGAGGAAGGGGGGGAGAAGGAGGAGACUGAGGGAAGCAGUGAGAGUGCUGGUGAGAACAGUGGCGGUAUUGGCAGCAAUGCUGGUGGCACUGCUGCUGCUCAUGGUGCUGAUGGUAGAAGGGACGGUGGCCAAAGUGGAGCUUUUGGUGGUGCUGGUGGUGCUGGUGGUGCUGGUGGUUCUGGUGGUGCUGGUGGUGGCGGCGGCGGCGGCAGUGGGGGUGGGUUCAAUAACGGUGCUAGUAGCAUAAGUGGUAAUGACAACGGAUAUAAAAAUGGUGGCGGUGGUGGUGGCGGCGGUGGUGGUGGCGGCGGUGGUGGUGGCGGCGGUGGUUGGGGUGGUGGUAAUGGUAACGAUCAAAGGGAGCAUAGAGGAGGAGGAGGAGAAGGAGGAGGAGCAGCAGCAGCAGCAAGAGCAGCAGAAGCAGCAGGAGCAGCAGAAGCAGCAGGAGCAGCAGGAGCAGCAGGAGCAGCAGGAGCAGCAGGAGCAGGAGGAGGAGGAGGAGGAGGAGGAGGAGGAGGAGGAGGAGGAGGAGGAGGAGGAGGAGGAGGAGGAGGAGGAGGAGGAGGAGGAGGAGGAGGAGGAGGAGGAGGAGGAGGAGGAGGAGGAGGAGGAGGAGGAGGAGGAGGCGAAGGGGGAGAAGGGGGAGGGGGAGUAGGGGAAGAGGGCGGGACGAGAAGGCCGGGCGGGCGCCGCUACGUCCCACCACUGGCUGACGUGAUAGCGAACGUGACGGCGGGGAAGAAUAGGCCGAUUGUGGUUGUCACAGCGCGCGCUGUGAACCUGGAGUUCGUGCACAACUGGUACCUAUCGGUGCGCAGCAAGCGCAUGGGGCGCAGAGUGCUGUUCAUAGCGGAGGACUACUACUCCUUCCGCCUGCUCCACCGCCAGUUCCCCAUGCAGGCCGCCCUCAUCGCCACGCCCAAGGGCGACCAGACUGCGGGCAUCGAGGACAGGCGUCCGUGGCACUUCCUUCGCCUGCUGCACCACAACGUUUCCUUCCUCUACAAUGACCCAGACAUGGUGUGGCUGCGCCUGCCCUUCAGCUUCUUCACCGGCGACUUCGACCUCUGGGCCACAGACGCCGCCUCCACCAGCAACAACCUGCACCUCUUCCGCCCGGCCCUGCUGCCCCCCGACCGACCGCUCUCCACCGCACUGCUCUUCGUGCGCCCCUCACACGGCUCCCGGGCUCUGGUCAAAGCGUGGCAGGCGGAGCUCAAGUUUUUGGUGAUGAAGACGAGGCGGUUCGGCGUGCCGAUGAAUCAGAGCGAGGGCGCGUUUAACCGGGCUGUGAGGAGUGUCGGGAGUGUGGUGAGGGUCGCACUUCUUCCGCAGGAGCUGUUCCCGUCGACGGCUCUUUACUUCAACGAUCCCGCUUUCCGUACGGACCUUGAGACCAAGUCCCUCCGACCAGUCGUGCUACACAGCAGUGCACUCGAGAACCGGCUUGAAAAGAAGAGCCUCCUAAAGACCCAUGGCCUCUGGGUGCUACCAGAUAAAUGGCAACCAUAUGCCAUGGGGAGGUCUCAAACCACUGUGGGAGGAGGCACAUAACUUAUAUGUGUGACUAGAAAUUCGCAACAAAGCAAUUUUCAUAAUACCGAUUGCAUCUUGAAUGUGGCAUGAUUUGUUAUGCCUGCUAUGUGCUUUCCAUUGUAAGCGGAACCUUCGAAAACAUUUGCAAACUUUGUCCAUGU